AGUGGUAAACGUGUCAUUCACUGAAUAAUAUUUGAUAAGAAAUGUUAUUGUUAUAAUUCCAAAACUGGUUGCACAUUAUCCUGCAUAUUGCAUUUGUGCUUUAGAUUAACACAGUCAUGGCUGCAAUAGAGUAUAGAAAAUUAGUUGAUUAUGGAUUAAAUCCUAAAGUGGCAAGAGAGCUUUGUGGUCUGUUUGAAUCAGGAAAAGUAUCUCCUCAAGAAUUAGACAACAGAGCUCUAGAUGCCCUGAAGGAAUGUAAUGUGAAUGAAGCCAUUGGAGUCAUUAAAACUUUUGCGGGAUCAGAGAGAACCAACGUCAAAAACAAAAGUGGUUACUUAUGUGGUAUGAUUAAGAAACAAAGACAAAAACAAGCUUCUCCAGGUCCAUCAAUGCCUAGAAAUCAGGGAGAAAAAUCAGACUUCCAGCUUUCAAAAGCAUUAUCAUACAUACUGAGACAUGGUGCUGAGAAACUAGGAUAUAAAAUGAUGCCAGGUGGGUUUCUUUAUGUGGAAGAUAUUCUGAAAAAGCAAAAGAAUCUAUGUGACUAUGACCUUGAAGAUGUAAGAAGAGUUGUAGAAACAAAUGACAAGCAGAGAUUUCAUAUGGAGUGGGAAAGAGAAACAGGAAAAAUGAAAAUCAGAGCAAACCAAGGACAUACUAUUGAAACAGGAUGUUCCCCAGAUUUUCCACCGAAUAUACAUUCAGGGUGGCAGCCUAACAACAUGAAUACUAAUCAGUAUCAAGGAGUUCCUCAUGGAAUGCAUACAAAUCAAGGGUAUAACCAACAACCAAACCAGUUUCAAGGAUAUAACCAACAACCAAACCAGUAUCAAGGAUAUAACCAGCAACCAAACCAGUAUCAAGGAAGACCUCAAGGAAUGUGUGCCAAUCAAGAGUAUAACCAACAACCAAAUCAGCAUCAAGGAUAUAACCAACCCCGAAACCAGUAUCAAGGUUACAACCAACAACGGCAUCCACAAAAUUAUGGUCCAGGGUUAGCAGGAAUGAUGCCACCACCACCAGCACAAAAUAUGAACCAACCUCAACAGAAUGUCCAAUAUGUCAUGGUUCCUGUUCCUGUGUCAUCUGCUGAUGCCCCUCCAGGACAAGGACCAGCUUCUUAUCCUCCACUAUUGAUGCCACAAUACAACCCAAAUUUGCCUCAAGGAAAUUUGAAUAUAAUUGACCAUCAAGGUAAUCCACAGAGAGACCAACAAACUCCAGACAGAGAAAAACAACCUAAGAAGAAAAGAGGAAAAAAAAACAAACAAAAAACUGAAGAGAAUGAAAUACAGGAUCAUCCCAGAUCAGGACAGGCAAAUCAAUCUGAGGAAGAUGGCUUCAUAAAACUAAAAUCUUUAUUGUCUGAAGAACCAGCAGAACACUACAGAGUUGAAACUAGGGUUAUAGGUGAAAGUAUGGACGAUGACAGUAAUAGAGGAGGUGGUAGAGGGCGUAGGCAAAGAGGUGGUCGUGGGCGCAAAGGUCAUGGAGGGCAAAAUAACCAGAAGGAUGACAAGCAAGAUUCAGAAUCUUCCAAAUCUUCUGAACAUGCUGAAUCUGAGGAUGAAAUGGAUAAAUACCUGGGAUCUAGAGAUGAUCUCCUUAGUCAGAGGUCAAACAGAGGAAGUCGAGGAAAUCUGAAUAAAAUUUUCGGAAGUGUUGACAGUAUUAGUAGUCAAGGUUCUAGACAGAACAGAAGAGGAAGAGGAGGUUAUAAUAGAGGCAGAGGUGGCCAAACCAGUCAUAUGAAUGAAGAAGAGUCAAAUCCUAAUGAGGAAAUCGGCCAAAGUAACCGUGGUCAUCAAGGAGUUAGAGGAAGAGGUCAAGGUCAACAGAGAGGAAGAGGAGGACAUGUGCAUAAUGAAAAUAGAAAUGAAAUAAGGGAAAAUGAAGGAGGUGAUACUCAUGGAAAUCAAAGAGGAAGGGGAAAGGGUAGAGAUAGGGGUCGUGGAAGAGGUGGUAGACAGCAAAGUGAGAGAAAAAAUGAAUUGGAAGAUGAAGACAUACCAGAUGUGGAUGAUAAUGAUGUAUUUAAAUUCCUGAUCAAAUCUUUUGGCGGAGGAUGUACUUUUGAAGACUUUUUAAGGCGUUGUGAUCUUUUUCCUAUGGGCUCUAAUAUUCCUCUGUGGUUUAAAAAACAUAGUAGAAGAUUUCAUGUAUUCUGGGAAGGAAAGGACAUUAUUUAUCUCCAACCAUUUUUUCAAGAUGCCAGAAUCUGUAACAAAUGGAACAGCAAGCAAAAUCUAGGUCAAUGUCAGAAUGCUCAGUGUGAUUUUUUCCACAUCUGUCGUCGCUUCAUUAGAGGCAACUGUAAAGAUAAGGAUUGUCCACUGUCUCAUAGUUUUAGAAAUCUACACAAUCGGCAUUUAAAGGAUAAACUUGGAAUCCGCGAAUUUACUGAUACUGACAUCAAGAUUGUCCUAAAUUGUAAUUCUCCGUCAGUUUGUGCAGAUUAUGUUUACAACAAUGGUUGUAAGGUAGAAAAUGGAGAAAAAAGAUGCCCACACUUACACUUAUGUGAGAAAAAAGUAUUUGGAAGAUGCAAAGACCCAUGCAAGUUUAAGAAAACUCACUCUAUCACUCAGUUUCACAACAAAUGGGUUCUGACUUCAUGUCAUAUGAAGGGAUGGCCAGAGGCACGAGUAUUGAGGUCUAUAUAUGUACCACCAAGACAAAGAAAAGUAAAUGAGGAUGAUUAUUCUGAUGAUUCUGACCUCAGUCAAGAUGAAGAUGAUGCUGAUGAUGCCAGUGUUUGUUACGACAGCGAUGUAAAUAUCAGUAGUGAAAGCCUUUCAAGUACUGCAUCUGGUCCAGCCAGAAAAUUCAAUAAGUUAAUCACCUCUGUUGAAAAUCUUAGUAUAGAAGAUGUUAGGGAAAGAGGAAAGAUGAAGCUUGGCCGCAGAGAAAGAUUCAAAUCAUCAGAAGAUAUCAUUUGUGGAAUUGUAGGUAAAGACGACCAAGGUCUUCCUAAAAUGUCUGUACCACAACAUACAUAUGAUGAUGAUGAUGACAUUAAAGAAAAAGAGAGAUUAUUGAUGGAAAAGUACAAACAGGAGAAGCAGGGAACCAGUUCUGGUAAAGUUGUAAAGCCAAAGCCCCCACCAAGGCCUUCAAAAGUGAGUCCAUCUGAUCCAGAUUAUCAAGAAAGAAACCCUUCUGUGUUAAAGGAUGAUAUAGAUAUUUCCAAAAUCUGCAUUUUUGUGUCUAAGGAUAAAUGUCCAUCUGCAUCAUGUAAAAAUAUUCAUCUGCCCAGUGGUAUUCCUUACUUGUGGCAGAUAAAAAUGUUUGGCAAAUGGUUUUCUCUAACAUUGGCAGAGAACGAGAAAAUAGAGAAAGGUUACUGCAAUCUACUAGAUGUUGAAUCAACUGAAGUGAAGUAUAUGAGUAUUAAAUACAGUUACCGUAUCAGGUUCUCAAAUAUGCAGGCAAUAAUUUAUGAUGUUGAUGGUCAACCAGCUGCUGCUGACAAUACUAGUUGUGAUGUCAGACGUCUAAGUACCCCAUCCUUUGCUGAGAAGAAAAUGAUGGUCGAUAGUUAUCUUACACAGUGGAGAUGGUACUGGAAAGAUGAUAGCAGGAAUUGGAAUAUGUACACUAAGGAUGUUUUUCUGUUCACCCUUGAGAGGAAGUAUCAGACAAAACAGAAGACUUAUUUGUAUACAAGGGAGAAUUACAACUUCAUGUACAGGAUAGAUUUCCAGAAGAUGACCCAGAUUAACCUUGAUACAGAUAAAGAACGAAAAAUCAUCAGACGCCCACUUUUUGUUUCGAAAGAUGAUGUGCAACAGAAGAAAUAUCCAGAUAGCAUACAGUUCCCAGUUGCUAUGAGUACAGCCAAACCAAUGCAUUUCUACCAUUGGGACUGUGCACACGAUUUUGAACUGGUAGAACUUGACACAACAGGGAAGGAGUUCAUAGAUGUAUUAAAGUCACUGCAGGAUUCCAUGAACCCAACCCGAUUUGGGAUUAAGUUUAUUUAUAGAAUUCAGAAUAGAAAACUUUGGAGUGAAUAUGACAUAAAGAAGAAGCUCAUGUUAGCUGAUGCUGAACAAGAUGGUCGUGGUCAAAUUAUUGAUGAGAGAGAUUUAUUCCAUGGCACAGAUUCCUUGGAUACAUGCCGUGGUAUUUGUACCAAUAAUUUUGACUUCAGAACCAGUGGUCGCAAUGCUACUCUUUAUGGGGAAGGUUCCUACUUUGCUGUUCGUGCUAAAAUGAGCCAUAGUUACACAAAGGCAGACCUACCUACAGACAUCCGUUUCAUGUUUAGAGCCAAAGUCUUGGUUGGGCAGUUUACAGCAGGUAAUCCCUCCCUCCGUCGACCUCCAGAAAUUCCUGGACAGGUACAUAAGUUAUAUGAUUCCUGUGUGGAUAAAGAUCAGGAUCCUCAAAUCUUUGUUGUCUUCGACAGAAAUCAGUGUUAUCCUGAAUACCUGAUUAUGUACACUGACAGAGAGACAUUACCUCCAGUGGAUCAAACCAUUGCUGCUUCAAGUAUCUCUAGCAUUUCAUCUUAUGGAGGAGACCCAUUAGUUUAUCCACAUCAAUUAGGAAGCCCAACUUCUCCCACAAUGCAAAGUUUCCCCCAGGCGUUUGCUGGAAGUGCAGAAGAAUCCCCAGCAGCUUUCAGAGCACGUUUAAAUGAGCAUAGUAAGAGGAAAGAGGAAAAAUGUGUUCUUCAGUAAACAAAUGUCUAGAAUUAGACAUAAUUUAGUGAAGGAUUUUGUUUUCAUGUUUUAUAAAUAAAUUCACUGUUCCUAUCCUAAUUUUGAUAUAUAUGUACAUUUUAGGUCAAUGAAAAACAUGAAAUAAUGUAGAUUAAAUCUCAUGUAGAAUCAUCCCAAAUCAUGAAUGAAAUCCUAUGUGUAUCGUCUGGUAAAACAUGAUUUGAAAUUUUUGACAGGAGUAAAUAUGUUUACUCUUUGUUAAAGUUAAUUGUUUUAUAAUAAUGGAAUUUCAUGUUAUCAUGGUUACAGCUAAAUUUUGUUUGUUAUAGAUAAAUUAUUAUGACAGAAAGAAUAUUCUGUUUCAGACAAUAUUAUGACAUUCAAAUUUAAAUGUACCUAUAAAAUAUUGAAAUGAAUUUUUUCAUAAAUGACUCAUUUCUUAAAAAUUGUCGGUCUGGAUCAUUUGAAUGAUAAAAAUUUGAAAAUGUCUGUUGCUUCAUUGUCAGUCCAAAUGUCUGACAAAAGUGAGUGAAGUUUUCAAAAGAAUCAUAGGAUUGGACUGAUGAAAAUGAAUUUUGGACUCAGAAACUAACAGUAACAGUCAAAAUGUCCAAUAAUCCAAAAUUCUGUAAGAACUCUGUAAUUUGAGAUAAAGAACUGUAAUUUUCCCUUGCCCUUAGUUAUUCAGUUGUAUGUAGGGAUGUUGUGUGGUGAACUGAUAUGCAAUAUCAAUCCUUUUCCAUAUCAUUGAAAUCAAAUGAUAAAGUAAAAGUAUGUUACAAUAUCAAAAUAUGUAUGGCCUAAAUCUUGCUUCAAGAAAUGGGACAUUUAAAAUCUUUUCCAUUGGUCUUUUGUUGGAUAGUUGAAUCAUUAUCAAUCAUAUGUAUACCACAUCUCCUUAUUUAUUUUUUUAUUAUUGAUACUAUGAAGGACUUCCAUGAUGCUAAGGACUAUUCCAUUUAAAGGAACGUGGCAGGCUUAGGAAGGUCAGUUUCUUAUUUGGACAUGGGUCAUGGGUCAUUUAUGGCUGUAAGGGUCAAGAAAAAUGGAGCAGGAACACUUGACUGCCCUCAUGUCAACUAUAAAUAAAAAAAUAAAAGAUGUGUUAUUUUAAUGCAUUUUAUUAUGCAAAUUAAAUGUCACAUGAUAUAAAAAAUGAUUAGAGCUAACUUUUAACUGUAAGUACUGCAAAUUCAGAAAUUAUUGAGAGGUUUUCAUUAAUGGGAAUAAUGCAGUUGGAUGAAAAUCGCAAUAAUAAGAACUUACUUUCUGAUAUUUGAUGCAAAUAUCUGUAUGCAGCUUUUUCUGAAAUCGCAAUAAUAUUGCUGUUUUUGCCAUUUAAAAAAAUUGCAAUAAUAAAUCAUUAAAUGUACACAUUGAUUUCUGAAAUUGCAGUAUUUUUUUUAAAAUAUUUUUUUUAAUAGAACACGAUCUUUCCAGCUUGUCUUCUUUUCUGUCCAUCCCGUUUUAUGUCAGAAAUUAAGUUAAGGUAGAUUCCCACAAAAUUGUGGUCACAUUUACUUGAAAUUUAGUACACUUGUUUAUUAUAUUGUUAACUUUUUCAAAAGUAUGUGGAAUUGGUGUUUAACAUAUAAAUGCAAAUAAACAAAUUAUUUAUGUAAGGAAUAACUGUUGUAUUGGAAAAAAUAACCCAUGCCAAUCUGUGAUUUCUGUGUCACUAAUUGAGUGUUUUUGGUGAUAUGUGGACUGUUAAUUCACUAUUGGCAACAAAAGUAUUCAAAUACAAUAAAGUUAACCCUGUUCUAAUGCUGAGAUUGUUAAUCUAUCACAAAUUCUUUAACAUUGUCCAUUAAAAAAUGGAAUUGUCAACACAUAUGGUCAAAUUGCAUUAAAAUUUUCACGUUAUUAAUGUCAAUAUUUUUGAUGGUUUUGGAGCAAAUUAGAAAAUGUAAAAUAAUUUAAUAGAUGCACAACAAAUUUGAAUAUACCACCUCUCAAAAGAAACUGUUUGUAACCUAAUGGCAACUGAGUAUUCCUAAAAAGGCUUAUAAAAAGUCAAAAUAAGUGGUCCUAGACCAAUAGAAUUAAAAAGAAUCUUAAACAUUGUGUUACCUCUGAAAGAUGCUUUUAUUAUCUUGGCAUCACAUAAUAUCUUAUAUUUUACACACAUACAAUAAAAGUAUGAACCUAAGGAAUUGUUAAAAUCUUGGUAGAAUUUGAGAAUUCUAUUCUUGAUUCAUCAAAAUGAAUAUAUUUAUAAAAAUGCAUAGAUAGACAUUUGUUGCUUUUUCAAUAUAUGUAUAUUUUUGGAGCAAAUUGUAAAUUUGAAUGUAUGACCAUUUGUAAAAAAAUGUUUCUCUGUGCUGGAGAAAGAUUUUCAAGACAAUCAGAACAAGAAUUUUCCCUUUUGUUUUCGUUUGUGGAAAUAAUUAUGGUGUACAAGAAAAGUGCUGCAUCAACAAACAUUGAUAUUUAUUCUCCCACUCUAGGAGUGAGGCUACAUGUAUAUUGGAAGAAAGUAGCACAGAAAGUACGAUGACAAAAAGUCACAGAACAAAAGGCACAGAUAAAAGACACCUGACAAUAAGUUGCAGUUAAAUUUGAAGCUAAUUUUUCUUUCAUAGGCAACAGACUAAUUUUUAAAAGUCUUUUUGUAUUUUUCUUGAAUAGUUAAACAUUAUACAACUUUGUUAACAAAAAAUGAUGUUCAACUUAUUGUUAAGUAAACAAUCUGGCUUCAUCAGGUGACUAUAAAUUUAUCCUUUGUAUGAUUAAAAUGUUAUCAUUAUUCCUUUAAUUAUGCAAAAAACAAUUUCCUGCACUAUACAACAUGUACAAUAUUUUUGUUCAUUAAAAGAUAUUAUUUCAACAAUUUUUUUUUUUAUUUCACAUUAAAAUGAUAAGAAAUAAAUUAACUGUGACUUUUUUCUAUAAUUUUUGUGACCUUUUUUUUCAAUUUUCACAGCUAUCUAAAUAGUUUGCCUUAAGUUAAUUUCAUAGAAACCAGGCAUAUCCUGAAUUGUACAUGCAUCAUCUUUCUUUAUGCCAAUUUUCUGUCAAUAAAGUCUUGUAGUGAAACAGUACUGUUUGGAAGUCAACUGCUUCUAAAAAUAACCCUUAGUUUUCUGGAAAUCUCACAUAAGUUUACUAUGGCGGGCAUUUAUCCCCAAUGUUUAAUGGAAAAUCAUGGACAAAUAAAUUUUGGCUCGAAUUGGUCUAAAUAUAUUUCUCGUCCACCAAAAGUUUCAUUUCUGCAAAAGUAAACAUUGACAUCAAAAGCACUAUUUUUUGUCGGAGUAGGGCUAUUUUAACAUAUGUUCUAAAUUGGAGUGGUGAAUUGGUGUUCUAACACUUAAAUGUCCUUAGACUUUUUGUUUGUUUACUAAGAAUCACAUUGUCCAUAUGUUUGUUCUUCCAUUUGUUUUUUUCAACAAAUAGUUUCGUCAUAACUUUUCUCUAGAAUUACUGUACAGAAGAACUUCAUAUUAGGUGAGCAGCUUUGCAGUGAUGAGUUGUAUUGUGUGAGCACUUUUCGCAUCUGUCAGAUGCCUUCCUCCUGCUUCUGAUACUUUGAAUAAGAAGAAAGGGAAGGACUUAGCAUGAUGAUGCUUGCAUCUUCUUGUUAAUUUCUAUUUGAUUUAAUUGCAAGUCUACCGAAGUUUGAAAGUAAAUGAAUAAGAUAUAGGCUAGGAAUCUUUUUCUGUGAAUAAAUAAUGACGGCUUUUCAUGUGAUGCAAUGUCAUAAGAAUAAACUUAUUGCUUCAGCAUAACAUUUUUCAAAUAAAAAGUUCUUACAUCAAUUCAAAAUUAAAGAUCUAUUAGGGAAACAGAGAUUACUUUGGAUGGCCUUACAUUAUAUUUAAAUACUUACAAUGGUCAUACAUUUAUCUUUUAGUAAAGAAUUUAAAAGCUUUUUUAAAAUCUAGUUUAGGUAUUUAAGCCAUAUUGCUGAUUGUUAUAGCUAGGAAUACAUAGGAUUCAAUCUUUUUCUUGUUCAUCAAUUUUUGUCUAUUGCCGAAAAAGUGUAUUUAUUGUGGAUAAUUGAUUUUAGUAUCAUAAAUUAUACAUACAUUAGCCUGUAGGUAAAGAAACAUCAGUUUGGGCGCAGUCAGAAAUAAAGUACAUGUUUUAAGCAAAAUAGUUGCUACGUAUAGCUGUAAAUAAUUAGAAUAUGUUGGUAAUUGAGGUAUCAAAUGAAAGUUGAAGGAGUAGAGAUCACUGUAGAACCUGUGUUGAAAGGUUAUUUUAAAUAAUAGAAAAAAAAUAUGAAUUUGAAUUAGAAGGUAAUAUGUUGCCUGUUUCUAAGAUCAGGCCUUUCAGUCUUGUACAGUUUCACAUAUAUAGCAUAUUUAUUGUGCUAACUCUUUUGAAGAGAUAACAAUUAUUUUUCAUUCAUUUUGUAAGGAUGACUUUUGAGUUGUUUGUUUCUAUAAUAUUCUUGUUGAUACCCUCUUAAUGAACCAGUAAUUUGUAAGCUUCAUUUACAGGGUAGCUUGUGCCAUAUCUUCUAAGACCUAGUGAGACAGUGCCAUUAUAUUUGUUGUAUCUUACAUUUGUUAAUUUUAGGAAAGCAAAGGUUGUGCAAUUUCAUGAACUUACAUUUUACAAGAUAAUGACUGUGCCAUUUUAAGAAAAGAAUAAUUUGUAUUGUUCAGUUUUGUUUGUGAAUGUUAAAACUUGCAUAUACAGAUUUUCAUUAAACUUUUGUUUACAAUAUUAUUCAAUAGAUGUAUGAGUAGCUUUAAAUUUUUUGUUUCAAUAAGAUUAAUUAUACCUUUGAAACCCAAUGUGACUUUUCACCUUAAGAAACGUAUUUACUUUUAUAACUCAAGGCCAGCAAUCAGUACAAAUUGAUUAGUUAUAUGGUAAUCAACCAUAUUACAAUACAAAUUGAUUUGCACAGAUACUGUAAACUCAGAUAUUUUGCAAGGUUUUUAUUAUUGUGAAAAUUGCAAAAGGAUUAGUUUUGCCAAAAUAUAAACUUACAUUUCAAUUUUGAUAGCAAUGUGUGUAUGCAACAUUUCUAGAAAUCACAAUUAUUAAUCUCACGUUUUUGUAAAUAAUUGUUCAACAUUACAAUAAUAAAUGCAUGCUAAAAUUUCUGAAUUUACAGUACACUGUGUAGUUUGGUAACUUUGCCAAUAUCAUCUUGGUGUACUCUGUAACAGUAAGCCAAAAGUAGUGUUUAGAUUACUAUUAACCUCACAUAAUUUUGUUGUCAACUUUACAGUCUGCAGUCUGUAUCCAUGUAAUUGCAUUUUCUUUGAGAAACAAAGCCAGUGGAGUGAAAGAAAGAAAUAUUUUGAAUUUACUUUAAAUUGCAAGAUAAUUACAAAAUAUAUAUAUUGUUGAAAAAGAUAAACUUUAUUUUAAGUUUGCUGAAAAACAGGAGAAAAAUUUGCGUUAUCCUUGCUCUCCUGCUUGAUUUUGAAUAUAAUUUAUAUAAUAAACAAUGUAUUAAUAUAGAAUAUGUAAAAAUGAUAUCUGUUUUGUAGUUUAAAAGCCAUAUUCCUAAAAUUGCUUAAUGUUAAAAAGAUUUUUUUUUGUAUGUGAUCACAGUAUAUAUUUUGUUCUGUUUAUUUGUUCUAUUGGCUAAUUAAUAAAAUUGUAUAAUUGGG